GACUUGUCUUUAAAAACAGCCUGCAGAGAGACGCUGUGCAUUUCUGCGUCGAAAGGCAAAGUUUUCCUUCUGAUCAUGGCAAGAACAAAGCAAACCGCUCGUAAAUCCACCGGAGGCAAAGCGCCCAGGAAGCAGCUCGCUACUAAAGCUGCCCGUAAGAGCGCCCCAGCCACCGGCGGUGUGAAGAAGCCUCAUCGUUACAGGCCCGGUACCGUAGCGCUGAGAGAAAUCCGCCGCUACCAGAAGUCCACUGAGCUGCUGAUCCGUAAGCUGCCUUUCCAGCGUCUGGUGAGAGAAAUCGCACAGGACUUCAAGACUGAUCUGCGCUUCCAGAGCUCCGCCGUCAUGGCCCUGCAGGAGUCCAGCGAAGCUUAUCUGGUCGGCCUGUUUGAGGACACCAACCUGUGCGCCAUCCACGCCAAGAGGGUCACAAUCAUGCCCAAAGACAUCCAGCUGGCCCGCCGCAUUCGUGGAGAACGUGCAUAAACUCAAAAAUUGCAUCACACACAUACUAAAGGCUCUUUUAAGAGCCACCACAAUUCCACUGAAUGAGAAAUUUUCCAUUGUUUUUUAAUUACAAAGGUUUUCUGUGUUUUUAAGUAUGUGUUCUUUAUAAAAUUGUUAAUGAAAUCGUAUUUUCUCUAUGAAAGCAUGUUAGGGAGGGAAUUGUGUACGAUUUCAAGUAGUAUUUUUCUGAACGUAACACGGACUUUUUAUUUGUAUAGGUAGCAUGGGCAUAUUGUUUAACAUCAAUUUACUUUUCUCCAAGGAAAUGUAGUGUGAAGUUUUGAAUAUCUUGACCGGUACAUGGUAGCAGAAGCGUC